AUGGUUCCCAUCACCAUGAAGUUCGUCUUUGGGCUUCUCUCAUUUGCCACCGUCGGCUUGAUCAUCGGUUCUAUCUCUCAAUUGGCACUUUUACGACAACCGGAAGACUCACUUGGUAAAAAUUUGCACUCAUAUUAUGUAGCAAUGGGCUUAAGAAUUUUUGAAGAUGUGAAACUGCCUUUCGGUAUUCCAUUUCGGAAGAAUGACAAGGAAGCAGAAAUCUUACGUCUCAGAUAUAUCAAACCUGAAGUUCUUAGCUGGUCUCCACGGAUUAUUUUACUACGUAACUUCCUAAGCAUGGAGGAAUGUGAGUAUCUCAAGGCUUUAGGGUACCCUGGCCUUCAAAGUUCACGAGUGAUAGAUGGAAAAACAGGAAAGAGUGUUGACAGCAAAGGCAGAACAAGCUCUGGCAUGUUCCUGAGUUCGAAAGAUAGACUACACCCAAUGGUGCAGGAAAUUGAAAGAAGAAUUUCAAUAUAUGCUCAAGUGCCAGUUGAAAAUGGAGAGCCACUUCAAAUUUUGAGAUAUGAGGAGAAUCAGUUUUACGAAACCCAUUUUGACUAUUUUACUGAUACUCACAAUUUCAAAAAUGGUGGGCAGCGAAUAGCAACAAUGCUUAUGUAUCUAAGUGACGAUGCUGAGGGUGGUGAAACAUAUUUCCCAAAGGGUGGUUCAGGUGAGUGUAACUGUGGUGGGAAAAUCGUCGAAGGGCUAUCUGUGAAACCUAUAAAAGGAAAUGCAGUACUUUUCUGGAGUAUGGGACUAAGUGGGCAAUCAGAUCGGAAUAGCGUUCAUAAAGCAUGUGAGGUACUUUCUGGAACAAAGUGGUCUGCAGUAAAGUGGAUGAGACAGAGGGCCUUCCAUCAGGUUCAGCGUGUCAUAUGA